GACUUUGGAUGUUGGCCGAAGUCGAGGAGGUUGAGCGCAGCAUCAGCGCGAGGUUGUUGACUACGGCUUUCCUCUGGCGGCCAGUGAUGCCCAGGCAAAGGUCGAUCGAGGAGCCGUAGGGCUCGAGCAAUCGGAGCCUUGUGUUCCGGAGCAUCGACGAUGACACUCCGUAAAGUUUAAGAACAACUCGCGAAGUCACAUCACCGCACCGAGUCCGCGACACUGCUGAUCCGCAGUUUAAAUGAAAAAUGGCUGAUGUAGAACAUUGUCAAUUCUAUUUGGAACGAAAAAAACGAUAUUGUCGAAUGACUGUAAAGAAGGAUAAAAGGUUUUGCGGCGAGCAUCAGUCGAAUUAUAACGAACUAAACAAAAUUAUCAAUGAAAGAAUACCUUGUCCACUCGAUCUUUCUCAUACAAUUUAUAAGUCUAAAUUAUCCAAACACUUAAAAGUUUGCAAUGCCAAGGUUAAUGAAAGUAUACAGCCAAUAUAUAUUGUCAAAGGAAUUAAUUUAGGAAAAAGUGCAAUAAGCCCAAAUGAAAUACGAUUACCAGAAAUUGAUCAGAGUAUUAUAAAUAUUGUUCUUAAUAAAAUUGAAAAGUCGUACGAUAAAUUACCAGAAAUACCGGAAGAAAUAUUGAAGCAUGAAGUACUAGAAAAAGAAUUAAGUAAUCCAAUAUAUGGAACUGAAGCCAAAAAACACUUAUUGCAAGCGUCAUCUUUACUAGGGCAUUUAGCACAAGCUGACCUGAUUAAUGACAAUACAUGUUUUAUUGAAUUUGGAGCAGGUCGAGGUAAAUUAACAUACUGGUUAGUUCAAAUGAUAAAAGAUCGAAGAAACACUUCGGUUGUGUUGAUCGAUCGUUCCAGUCAUAGGCAUAAAAGAGAUAAUAAAUUAAAGAAUGAGAAAUUUGAAAUAAACGUAACAAGAGUACGUGCUGACAUUGGCGAUAUAAACUUAAAUGACAUACCAGCGGUUAGUGAUAUGCCAGUCAGGGUUGCAUUUGCCAAGCAUAUUUGCGGCGCUGGUGCAGAUUUAACUUUUCGCUGUAUGACAAAUUUAAUUAAAAAUUGUAAUGGCUCAAAAGUUGGAAUAGUCGUUGCAUUUUGUUGCCAUCAUCGUUGCGAAUAUUCCCAUUACGUUGGCCAUAACUAUUUAGAAAACGAAGGGUUUACCAAAGAUGAAUUUCCAAUUCUCUUCAAAAUAGCCAGUUGGGCUACUUGUGGUAUAAAACAGUACAAUAAAACAGAUUCUAAACGCGAAUCUAUAGGACGAAAAAGUAAAACCUUAAUAAAUUGGGGUAGAUUAGAAUAUUUAAAAUCUUUUGGAUUUAAUGGUCGAUUAGUGUAUUACAUAACUAGAGAUACGACUUUAGAAAAUAUGUGUAUUAUAGCAACAUUUAUAAGAAAAAAUCCAGACGAUAAUUGAGUUUAAUUUCAAUAUUUGGAUACAAGCAAAAGCUUAUAUUCAUUAUUUGUGCUAAGGUAGGCUAUUUAAGGUAAAAUAAGUCUA